GUGAGUUUGCAAAGAGCCUAAAAGACUUCAAGUCGGUUUGUUUUUCUUUUGUUAUUCAAGGAAGCGUGCUGUUCAAAUAUGAAGCUAUUUCUGAAGAAACCGAUCACUUCAAAGCAAGAUGGGAAUCUCCGGCUGCUUUUGACACGACGGCUCCUGGACGUGUGAUAGCUUUCAAUAGGUCUUAAGAUGCAGCCGUGUUUUGAGGGAUAGUGUCAACACUCCCUGAUCACUUGGUUCUUGAUGUAUGGAUGACCAGAGCAGAGGGAGAGCACACAAGCCACUCUUUUUUCACCUCUCUCUGCUCCUGCUGUUGGAAUAUCGACAUAGCCUUUACCUGCAGGUCACCCGAGGAGUGAGACACGCAGACUAGUCUGGAUAAGCCGGGCGAACGAGUUUCAAUGCUCUUACUCAUUCUAAGAUGAAGUUAUGGAAGUGUGCCGCCCUCGCCGUGAUGCUCUGUGGUGCAGCACUGUCCCUCUUCCUCACUAGAAUCAUGGUUCCCUCAAGGGCUCGACGGCUUCAUCCCGCGUCGUUCGCAACGCAGCCGCCGUCGUCGCCCUCUUCUUCAGACUCCGCCUCCUCCCUGACGGACAGGCACCACCGGACGGCCAGAGCUGCGGAGGGCAUGAACUCUCUCCUUUCAGAACUCUCGCACGUGUUCCAGAGCUUCACAGAAGGAGAGCUAAAGCAAAUUAUUGCAGCAUUUGUGGACAAGAAGGCAAGGAGAGACAUUCUGGAUGCCAGCCAGAUCAAGAGGACUAAGCGAGCCAGAAAGAGACAAAAUUCUUGUUCACUCAAGCAUAAGGUGGUCACAGUAAGUCAGCUGGGCCUGGGCCAUGACAGCAAUGAGGAACUACGGUUUCAAUACUGCAGCGGGAGGUGCAUGGGGCAGAGAAAAAACUACGACGUGGCAUUAAAUACAAUGAGAAAGAAUGGCGUUAUCGAAAAUGCAAAAGCCCGACACAAACCCUGUUGCCGUCCAACCGUGUACGAUGACAUUUCAUUCUUUGAUGACAUGAACUUCAAAUAUUACACCCUCCGCAACUUGACUGCCCGGGAAUGUGGCUGUGUAUAGUGUAUAAAGCACAGCUAUGUGUCUUAUCAGCAUGGAAGCCACAAGAUCAUUUGGGGAGCAUAACCGACUCCAUGCUUGCCUGAAACAUUUGGAGACACAACCCCCAGCUUUUCGCAAAUGUCAAGAGACGAGAAGAAAUUGGAGGAAUUAACAAACUUUUAUUUCUUUUAGGUGUGAGCUCACAUUUGUUACACUGUGUCCAUGUUUCAGUCGUUACCUUAAACUAUUACUUGUCUACAGCAGAGAAUGACAACGGAAUGCGAACAUUGCCUGUCCUAUUUCUGCAACUGUCUUAGAGAAAAAUACACUGUAUGAUUAAUUUAUCAAAAUAAGUAAUUACUGGUAAAGCUGCCUAUUACCUGCUUGUCUUGUUGCAAACAUUUAAACAUUCAUAUAUUUAAAAAUAGUAUUUCAUGAAUGGGAUGGAGUUAUCAGGCUAGUUCUUGAAAUCCAAAAUUAUGUUACAGACAGUUCCAUCUUCAUUUAUUUUCUGAACAUCGAAGUCUCUAGCCUUCAGUUAAUCAACUGUAAAAAUCUACCUCAUUUUUUUUGACCAAAACAUAUAAAGCUCAAUACCCAUACCACAAGGAAAUGGACACCUCAUUUUGCUGCUUUUCAAAACCCCCUCAGAGGAAGAGGUGUAAUUGAGGUAAAAGUGUUCCUCAUUGCAACACCCAUGCUAGAGAGCUUUGAAGAAAUAUUUGUUGGACUGAACUUGAGUAAAAUAUAAAGCACCAUCCAACAAAGACGCUGACUUCAGCUGUCACAUUGCAUACAAUUCCUUGUAUGGUUCUUUCAGAACUUGACUAGCUUGUAUAUACAAUACUACUUGAAGGAAGAUGGGAUUUUAAGAGAAUGUUGUACAUUAAAACGAUAAUCCUCUGCUGUUGUGGCCCUGAAAGCUUUGCCAAACCUCUCCACUAAUACUAUAAAGAAAUGUCUGUCUUACUCUAGCAUAUUUGUUCAGUGCAACCCAGGGUUGUACUUCAGAACCUUCCUUUCAUUUCCACAUUCAAGACAGAGGAACAUAACAAUUUGUGUGACAGUAUAAGGCCAACUGUGUGUUUUCCAUCACCUGACCUAGAAGCCACUGAAACGUAUACAGUACUCAAUUGCAGUAUAUGAUGCAUACUUCCAGCAUCCCCAAACACAAUGAUGCUCUGUAUGUCUGACCAUAUAACUAAGCCAAAGAAAAAUUAUAUGUCUUACCACACUAGACUGUAAUUAUACAUUUUACUGUAAAAGAUACCGUUCCUGUAAACAGCCGAAAGCCUAUAUACUGUGUGUAUGUGUGUGUACGCACAAACAUGUAAACAUAUAUAUCUACAGUGCUGGUCAAAUGCACACAUCUCUUAGAGACAUUUCAGUAAGCAUGUUGCUUUUAAUGUUGGCUUUUUUUGUUAUUUUGGAUUGAUUUAAGCAAUCACUGUUAUACUGUAGGCUGACCUGUCCACAGAGCACCAUAAACAAACCGAAGCAAAGAAAAAAUAGUGAAAAAAUAAAUAUAAAACUAAAUUCAAAAUUGCCAUUUGCAAUGUGACAUAACCCAGCCAUCUAAACAAGACAUAUUUAUCUUUAUGUUUUUCCCCACUGGAAGUGUGUUAAGUAAAUCCAGAAAACUUCACAUUACUGGACCUUUAUAAAGCAAAGCACAUUGCAACAUCAAAGAUUAGACAAAUUAAACAACCAUAUUCAAUAGUUAGGAUUGCAAAUUAAAAGUAAGCAUUCUACUGUAAAUAUGACUGAAACCAGAUUUUUGCCUCAGUGAAGUAAAUGUUUUAUCCUGACUUAGCCGCCACAAAUCCGAAACGUUUGCACAAAGCCCAUAAUAGACUAUUCUAAUCCACUUAGCUCCUUUAUAACUGACUUGUCCAAAAAAGACUGCGCACUAGAGGCAUAGCACACCACAUAGUAGAAAAACUAUCUAUUUAUAGUCACGGAUUAAGGUAAAUUAGUGAAGAAGAAGGUUCUACUUAAAGUGAACUCAUGAAACUGACAGCAACAGAUACACUAUAAAUCAGCAACAAACAAAAAACAGACAAAAUAAAUAUGCUACAUAUAUGAUCCAGGCUGGAUAAAAUGUGGGGUUAAAAUGUAAACGUAUGUCAAACUAUCAUAGCAGCAUGUAAAACAACAAUUCUGAAUGAGUAUUGAAAAAAGGUAUUGGGAUACUGUACACUCCACUGUUCAGAUAUUGAAAACAAAUUGAAUAAGACGAUUAAAUAUUUAUAUUAAACAGUCUCUCUUCCUGCAAAUGCUUUUAACCUGCAUGAUCUUCUGUAGGAUGCAGAUGUUGGUUGAUUAUUGUUACAUUUAUUAUUCACGAACCCAGUUCAGUCUGAAUUUGUAUUUUGUCUAUUGCAUUGUUUCUGCUCAGGAAUCAUUCAACUGAGUCCAUCAGUUUCUGAGAGAGAAUGCCCCAUACAAUGAUUAGGGCCUUGUAGAGACCUCUUAAGUUAAGUCCAAUCAAGUAAUUAGAGCAAUGAGGUAGUUAAAGUCAUGGGCUGGACAUAAGCCAAGAGACACUAGGCUCACCACGACCAUACGUUUUUAAAGCUCACGCUAGUGUUUCUCAGCCACGGUCCUGAAAACCUACUGUUCUGGAUUUCAUCUCUUUGAGAGUUAUUGAUGGUUGGGUCCUUGCAAAAUAAACAUGUUGCCAGAGCUGUAUUUACAGUAAUACAAUGGAAAGAGUAAAUAUUCUUCUUCCACUUAUUACAAUGGAUUAUAUACCUUUAAAUAAAUUUGGUAUACAUAAUAUUCCUUGCAGCUAAGCAACCAAAACCAAGUGGCUACUCAGGAUGGUGUUUGAGAAAUCCUGGUUGGUACUACAAAUCAGAGGGUUGUACUUUUUAUUAAUGAGUAAAGACAUAGAGGCCACAUAAUCCAGGAUUAUGUUCAUUAUUUAAUAUCUGAAAGUCAUAUGGGAGAGAACCAUUCAAAUUCAUAAUGUAAAAAAUCAGAUUUUUACAAACCUGUGCAAGAAAUGUGUGUGAUGUGCUUUUUCCAGGCAUGCAAUAGGAAAAGCAUGGUUGUGGAAUGUGACAAACUCUCCACCAUUGUGGAAAAUCACCUCUUUUGAUGACUGGAGUAUUUCAACAUGCCUCUUAAAGAAGAGUUUUGGUAAAGUUAAAAAGUUCAAA